AUGACUAAAGGAGGCGGCCACCUGCUCCGAAACCUGGACGGCCUGGGCGGCGGACACCUGCUGCGACAGACCAAGAGCGGCCUCGACUCUCUCUCGGGCGCCACCUUCGGAGAGCAGAAGCGUCUCGACUCCCUGAGUGGCAUCACAUUCGGCAGCCAGAAGAGAAACUUUGACGAGAUCGACAGGAGCGGCUUCAACAGCUUCAUCAAGAAGAACUUCGACGAAAUCGACCGUUCGGGCUUUGACCGUUUCGUGAAGAAGAACUUCGACGAGAUCGAUCGGUCUGGCUUCAGCGGCUUCGUGAAGAGGAACGCGCCGAUGCUGGCACGCCACUAUGACCAGGGCGACCACUGA